AUGGAGCCGAAAGAAAUGCAGGACGAUAACUCCCCGCAAUUGGUAGGCGUUGACGACCAAACGAUGCUCCGCGACGUUUACCGCCUCCUCCUUGACAACAACCACACCACAGCGGAGCUGCUGGAAGAUCUGGGGCGCACAGCUUUCUCUUCCGCACGGAGAAAACAGGACUCUGCCAGCAAACGCGUGAAAAUAUCUGAGGAGGUGACCGUAUUCCCCGACUAUCCCAUUGAACAGUUGGACCUUCCGCUGGCGGUGACUCUAUUGUACUACGCGGCCAUAGCGGAUGCACCAGUGAAGUCCGUGAACAGCCUCCUUUACUUGUUUGAGCUCCUUGGCGAACCGGCCCCUUCCCCCGCGCGUGGCAACCUGCUGUACGAGGAGGGGAUGCAGCAACGAAAAAAUAGCGCCAAAUGGCGGGAGGAGCAGAAAAUGCAACUUGAGGAAAAGGAGUUAAGGGAAUGCACCUUCAAACCAACGAUAUCUGAUUCCGCGAAGGAAAUAGCCCCCAAGGGCCUCACUACCUUCAUGGAGAGGUGCCUGGAGUGGAAACAUACGGCGGCUUUGCGUCUGCAGAAGAAGGCUGCGCAGGACAGCAUCAACCGUGGAGAAGAUGAGUGGAUGAUACAAUGGAAAAUGGGAGAACGCAGCCGACAAUUGCUUGAGGAGUUCAAAAAGAAAGGCAGGAGAUGGCCCAAAUUGUGGGAGCCCAAGAGUCCCAAUCGUGCCAUCGCCGCCCCGUCUUCCUUCUCCUUCAUUGCUGCAGCUGCCGGGGAUCAAUUGACACCAGGUGCAGCCCAAGCCGUGUUGACGAAUACAACUGAACAGCACGAGUCGGAUAUAUUAGAGAAGCCCUUUUUUCACCCGGUGACGUGUGCAUCGGUUGAUGAGAAAAUUGCUUUGCUGCAACACAUGGGUGAGGACGAGACAACGGACACAGCAGGGAUGAGUGAAAAGAGUGAUCAAAGCAGGCGCAGUCUGCUCAAUUCAUACCUACAGCGUGUUGAGAGCGACAAGAUGCGUCGAGAGGAAAAACUUGAGAAGUUGCGUAUUCACUACGCCAAACUGGCGAAUGAGCAGAAAUACGAGAAGAAGACAGGCCAGCCCCUCUUUGAACCAAAUGCACUACCAACGGUGGUGAAGGACGGUGUCCGCGUCAGUUUCAAUGAACUCAACGGAGAAGAACAGCGGUUACUCAUCAAGAAACUGCGGCAGCAGCACCAGGAGUACGUGCUCGCACGGUAUUUUCGUGAUGAGCGCGAGAGACGUGAAGGGAAACAACAACGCCAGCGAGGGCCCGACGAGGUGGUGGCCGAUCUGCUUGACCAGGAGAAGAAGCGGCAAAGCCAUGCUGAAGAUGAGAGCACACCAGAGGAGACAUUUCACCCAAAAAUCAGUGCACGCACAAGAAAGAUCGUGUCUAAAAAACUUUGGACACCUGUAUAUGAGCGACCCUUGCCGAAACGCACAUCUCAAUCAUCGGAAAGUCCUUCCCCCUUCUCCCCAAACACAAAGUCGUUGGAUGCGUGCUUCCAGCGCGUGUUGGCCCGUUCAAUGGAGUGGGUUCAGAGGCGCAAUCAGCGUGUGCAAAGCGCUCGUCUGGCUUUGGAGGAGAAGGCGUUGGCCGAGUGCAGGUUUCAGCCGAAGUUGGAUGGCAGCUUCGAUGUAUCGUCUAUCGGUGGUAGUUCCGUGCACUCAAGAAUUGUCGACCAAGAUGCCCUUGUGGCAAACGCCGAGGCAAGGAUUUACACAGAGUUGGGGCUUCUGCGUUCUCAGGCAGCCCUUCGCGACGCGGCGUUCAUCGGUGGCGUACGAGAGCCGCUUUCAGCCGUAACGUUGGCGAGUGCUCCGAGGCCUUCCCGGAGCAGCGUCGAGCGGUACGCACGGAGCCUUUCCGCGCUUGGAUCCCCGGAGUAUUCUUGGGGCAAUCUCUCCCGGCGUUGCGGAGCGGGCCGCGGCACCGCAACUACCAGCGUUGAUUACAGCAGCGAUGUUUACGAAAGUCAUGACAAUGACGACGACUUUUCUGGUGACGCGGAUGAAGUGCAGGGGCUCGCCGACUCAUGGGCUCUCCUGGACGCACAGACAGACAGCAUACUGAAGAACUGCAGGUACUACUGA